AUGAGAAUCGCGACGCUGCAAUUCGCAGCAAAACUUGGCGAUGUUGACGGCAAUAUUCGAAAAGCAAAUGAGCUUCUGAAAACUGGCAAGGUCAGUUCGCUAGAUGGAACAGUUGGUCUGCAUAAAAAGGGUUCUAGGAUCGAUGUUGAGGUAUUGCGACCAGAUCUUUUGGUGCUGCCCGAAAUGGCUUUGACGGGAUAUAACUUCCCCUCACUGGAAGAAAUAAGGCCAUACCUGGAGCCUUCCGGCAAGGGACCCAGUGCCGCAUGGGCGCUCGAAACAGCCAAGCGCCUACAGUGCAAAGUAUGCGUGGGAUAUCCCGAGAUUGAAACCAGCUCUGAAGAGGGCGUGAAAUCAAAGUACUACAACUCCCUCCUUGUAGUGGAUGAGCAUGGAAAUGUGGUCCACAACUACCGCAAGAACUUUUUGUAUUACACAGAUGAAACCUGGGCCACUGAAGGGGACGUGAAGCGGGGAUUCCACGAGCUAUCUUUCCCCUCGCGAAAAGGCAGGAUUGCAUCCGCUACUAUGACAGACCUCGUGGGUGAUACUCACCGAGACACAGAUGCAGGUGCAGGUGCAAGCGCAAAUAAACCCGACUCCGACGCGGUAAAAAACCAGGCAGGGAAACGAGUGGCGACAUCAUUUGGUAUCUGCAUGGAUAUCAACCCUUACAAGUUCGAAGCCCCGUACUCAGAUUACGAAUUUGCCAAUCGUGUCUUGAACUCCAAGUCUCAGUUGGUGAUUAUUCCCAUGGCUUGGUUGACUCUUGCUAGUCGUGAGGAGUUAGAUAUGCUGGAUGGAGAACCUGAGAUGGACACUUUCAGAUACUGGUUGAUGCGAAUGAUACCUCUUUUGACACAAAAGAUGCAACAAGAGAGCAAUAUCGACGAUGCAGAUCCAGGCGGAGAAAGGGAGGGCCAAGAUACCGAUACGAAGAAGGUUGUGAUCGUCUUUGCGAAUCGGACCGGAGAGGAGCCAGCGGCAGAUGAUACUAAGCCACCAGCGCGAUAUGCGGGGACAAGUACAAUUGUUACGAUAAUACAACAAGGGUCACAGGCUCCAGAGGUGGAAAAUGCAAAGAUUCUUUGUUGGGAUCUACUUGGGGCGACGGAAGAAGGUAUUUGUUUUGCGGAUAUCACGGCAGACCCAAAAAUGGUUUUUGGACUUGGGAAGAAGGGGGACGAGUGA